GCAGCGAAGCAGCGCGGAUUUAGUAUUAAUGUGUCCAGUGGGAAAGCGCUGGCAGACAGUCUGAAUCGUGCCGUGGAUGAGAACAAUCCGAUGCUGAAUCGACUAUUGAGAAUGUUAACAACAAGAUGCAUGACACAGGCUGUGUAUUUCAGUGCAGCUUGUCCGAUAUACACACAUUUUACGUCACCGAUACGACGCUAUGCUGAUGUAGUAGUACAUCGACUUUUGGCGGCUUGUAUUGGAGCCGACGACGUUAGUAUCGGCUUGCUAAGUCAGGCUAAUGUGCAGAAGAUAUCGCAGAAUAUCAAUUAUAGGCACAAAAACGCGCAGUACGCUGGCCGUGCAUCUGUGCAGUUGAAUGUGCUGACAUAUUUCCAAGGACGGGAAGAGAUGUGCGAAGGAUUCGUCAUGGGUGUUCGAACAAAUGGCAUACAAGUGUUCGUACCCAAGUACGGUGUGGAGUCGAUAAUUGUUUUACAACAAGGAAAGGGGACAACGAUAGACAUCGACGGGGGAUGUGUUCGACAUAAUGAGAACGUUAUUAAAGAACUUGAUCGAGUAAAAGUACGUGUUCGAUUGGACGAGCACAAUGUCCAACGUCGUCGCAUAGCGCUCGACCUGAUUGAUCCAUCAACACUUCCCGGGUUAUCAGUAGACUUCGAUCUUUCCGAAUCGAUCGGCAUCGGAUUUUAA